UAACUCGCUCUCCGCCGCGCCUCCAUCCCCGAUGAUGCGCCAAAAGCCUUCUUCUUCUGCCAUGCAGAAGACUUACGACGACUGCUAUCUCGUCUGCUCGACGGCCGUCUACUUCGAGACCCAGGGCAACGAGGCCGAAGCGCUGCGCUCGUGGCGCAGUGCCCUCGACCAGAUUUACUACUUCAAUGCCCAUCGCCGCCCUGCCAACUAUGCUCCCAAGACCGAGACGGAAAAGGCACUGCAGGCUUCGCUGCGUGAACUCGAGCUACAAUGCAAGGAGCGCGUCGACUUGCUCGAAGCCUUGGAAGAGAGCCGCAAAGAGACCAAAAAGGGAAAGGAGCAUGGGACUUUGGGAGAACCUGCCGGUCCUGUGCUGCACGCCACCAGCGCGACCCCGAAGUCAGAGGCAGACCGAGAUAGAGCUGGCUGGCUCGCUCAAGGCACCAUCCCCCCGGUCAACUAUCCAGACCUUUCUAGACCAGCUCUCCCAAAGAGGCCAUCCCUACUGUCCAACAGAAGCAGUGAUGGUCUUAGGUCACGCGUCUCACCACGUCUCGGAACCUCUGCACCAGCCCUGUCAGUACCGCCUCUCAAAAAGUCGUCGCGAACGCCUAGUCCGGAGAAGAAAGUUGGUAUGCUCAGGACACUACGUCCUGGGAACAAGGAUGGCAGGAAGUCUUCAUCGUCGCGUCUUACAAGCGGUCUGAAAGGCCGGCCUCCCGCUGCUGCCAAGGCCGCAACACAGGCUUGGGGCUCCAUGUCCAGUCCUGGCUCUCGUAUGCCCAUGUUAGCUGCCGAGAACGCCAGUAAAGAAGCGCUCACAGCUGCGGCAAUGUCCAAAGAGGCGAGCAGUCGAACGCCAAUGGAAGCACCAAGACAAACCACUACUACAACAAUGGAGCCUUUCGCAAGCACAUCCCCCGGUCAAAAUACAGGAAAUGGAAUCGGUGAGGGAAUCGGGGGUUCACGUUCCUUACCCUCAACGGCGUCAAAUCGUGGUUCCGCCUCACUGAUUGUAAAUGCACCGUUAGGGACAACCCUAGGGCAUGAGCGCAAGAAAACACCAAGCCCUCCAAAUGAUUACCCUCCAACUAGGAAUUGGCCAAACCUUAAAGCACCCGAAAACCAACCAAUACCCAAGCCUGGUUCCCUUCGCCUUAGAACCACUGAAUACCCUCCUGGGCUGUUGAAUGCGAGGAAAGUCAAGCCGAGAGUAGCCCCAAAGCCACCAGAGGCCCGAUGCAGCCGAGAAGGUAUGAAUCUGGCAGCAGAAAAUAGAGUUCAGCGCCUAGAAACGACGCUGGCUGUUCACCGCAAAGCUGUUGCCGCUGAUCAGUCUUCGCGGGCAAUUCACAUGAAUAAUCUAUCAAUCAGAGACGAAGAAGACGGCACGAGCAGUGGAUUAGAGCAGAAAGCCAAGCCGAUGCAAAAUGACAAAGCCAUAGCCGCACCCACAAAAGCCGACACGCCACCGAGUCCGAUGUCGGAUGUCUCCACAAAUGCUUCUUCCGAGCUGUCUCCUGAAGAAAAGGCCUGGAAAGAGCGCGUUGAGCGCCUGAUGAAACGCCUUCCAAAAGGCGUUGACGAAGCUGCAGCCAAGCAGAUAUUCAAUGAGAUUGUCAUUCAAGGCGACGAAGUGCACUGGAAUGACGUUGCCGGCCUUGAAGCGGCCAAGUCUGCACUCAAGGAAACUGUCGUGUACCCUUUCUUGCGGCCUGACCUUUUCAUGGGCCUGCGGGAACCGGCUCGGGGCAUGCUAUUGUUUGGUCCACCGGGCACAGGUAAGACAAUGCUGGCACGAGCUGUUGCAACAGAGUCCAAGUCGACGUUUUUCGCUAUUUCCGCAAGCAGUCUUACUAGCAAGUAUCUGGGAGAGUCCGAGAAGCUUGUGCGUGCCCUCUUCCAGCUUGCAAAAGCGCUCUCUCCUUCCAUCAUAUUUGUCGAUGAAAUCGAUUCCUUGCUCUCCUCGCGCUCUGGUUCAAACGAACAUGAAGCGACCCGCCGAAUCAAGACGGAGUUUUUGAUACAGUGGUCCGACCUGGCAAAAGCAGCUGCAGGUCGAGAACAAACAGAAAAAGACAAGGAAAAGGGUGAUGCUAGUCGAGUGCUUGUACUUGCCGCCACUAAUCUGCCCUGGGCCAUUGAUGAAGCGGCAAGAAGGCGGUUCGUCAGAAGGCAAUAUAUUCCUCUUCCGGAGGAUCAUGUCCGGAAGCUGCAACUAAAGACGCUCCUGAGCCACCAAAAGCACAGUGUAACCGACGAGGACUUGGAUGAACUAGUAACACUAACAGAAGGCUUCUCUGGCUCCGACAUCACGGCGCUCGCAAAAGACGCUGCAAUGGGGCCGUUGCGUGUGCUCGGUGAGAAGCUGCUCCACAUGACAAUGGACGAGAUUAGGCCGAUACAGCUCUCCGACUUCCAGGCCAGCUUAACGAGCAUCAGGCCCAGCGUGAGCAAGCAGGGAUUGAAGGAGUUUGAGGAUUGGGCCAAGGAGUUUGGAGAACGGGGCGGCUAAGCCGGGCACUGAUGACCUGCACCCCGAUUGGAUGACAUGACGAACAACACUCACCUAUAUGUAUAAAGAAGUCAUGGUCCCAGGCGUUGUGCUUUUUAGAUGGCGUUGGUCCGGACAGCGGAAUGGAUCCAAUUGAUUGAUGGGGGAUUCGGCGGUAUGCAUGUUUAGAAUCGCAGGCUAUGUAAAUAUUUGGUCAAGUGUGACUUGGGAAUCAUAAAACAGCUUUGAUUAUUU